AUGUGUGAAAAAGAAAGGGACAGAAAUGUAGAGAAGCAGCAAUGUUUCCAACAUAUUUUGUGUGCUUGUUUGCUUUUAAUAAUUCUAGCUGGGCAACUCAGCCAAUCAGCACAUUUAGCUCUCCAACUACCAUACAACGUACUUGGUCUAGGUCGAAGUGCAAAUUUUCUUGACCAUCUUUAUGUUGGUAUUCCCCGUCCAUCUGGAGAAAAGUCUAUACGAAAACAAGAGUGGACUGCAAUUAUUCCAAAUUCCCAGCUAAUUGUCAUUCCAUACCCUCACAAUGUCCCUCGAAGUUGGAGUGCCAAACUGUACCUUACACCAAGUAACAUUGUUAUGCUUACUGCUAUAGCUCUCAUCGGUGUCUGUGUUUUCAUCUUGGCAAUAAUUGGCAUUUUACAUUGGCAGGAAAAGAAAGCAGAUGAUAGAGAAAAACGACAAGAAGCCCAUCGGUUUCAUUUUGAUGCUAUGUGACUGCCUUUAAUACUACAUAAUGGAAUGGCUAUUCACUUGAUUAGUUGAAAUACUAAAUUGUGGCUUAUAAAAAAAUGCAAGAGUUUGAAUAUUAUUUAUAAAUUAUGCAUCCUUUGGUAAUUAUUGGAAAGUAUUCAAAUAAAUAAGGUCUGAAUGUGUCACAAGGUCUUUUUUUAAAAAAACAUUUUGUAUAUAAAAAUUUGAGUUCUUGAUUCAGUAGUGCUGUACAUUUUUGUUCUUUUGUUUAAUAUGUUGCAUGUACUCCGGUGUUUAUGUAUUUAUAAUCUUAUUAGAGUAAUGAUGAUGGAAAAAGACAGGUGUAAAUAAAAAUAUUAAAAUGAGCAGGAAUUUUUGUGUCUACUUGAAUUGGUCUUACUUCUUAUUCUAAUGAUGCAAAUUAGACUUUUGUUAAUGUAUUACAGAGUUAUUAUACAUUCACCUUCAUCAUGGCAGGUUAGGGGUCUCACUCAUGGCAAACAACAUAGUGACGGGUACUCUGACAUGUAUCGCAGUAAGACUUGCCUUAAACUUCUGGUUCCACCACUUACGAAGUUACUAUUUAAACUUGGCUAUUGCUUAACCUCUAUAAGCCUCAGUUUUCAUAUUUAUGCACUGGGACUAAUAAUACUCGCUUAAGUUAUUAUAAACAUUAAAUUGGAUGAUGUAUGUAUGUAUGUAAAGUGCUUAGCUUCGUGCCUAGCACAAAGUAAGUGCUCAAUAAGUGGCAGUUGACAUUAUUACUACUUUUAGAUAAUUUUCUUAGACUUAUACAACUAAUUAUUAAUACACAGAGAAUUUUAUUUUCAGGCAUGAGGAAUUCAUAUUCUUUGGAAAAUCUAAAUUCUUGGCAAUUGACAACUUAUAUAAAGAUUAUUUGCUCAUAUUAACUAAAAAUUAUAGUACUCUCCAAGAGUUAAUAUGCCCUAAAAAUUUUCAUUUGGAAACUGAUCCUUAUCAUGUGAUAAUGAACAUUUGAUUUCUUGAAAGGAAACUGCUGUAGGCAGCAUCUCGGAAUGCAAAUCUUCAAUCACAUUUCUAUUCUCAAAGGCUUGGAGAGUCUAUAAUUUACAUUCAGACUUCAGUGCAAAUUUUAUACUUGUGAACUUCACACUGCCAAAAAAGUCACUUAAAAAAACUUAAAUCUAAGACUGGUGAAAGGUUUAUUCAUCAAGGCUAAUAAUUUUCUAAUAUGCAAAUGGUAUGUAAUGACUAAAGUAAAAUUUCUCUAAAAACAGUUACUUUUGUUCAUGUUAUUUUUCUUACAAUUCACUGACAGUAGCAUGCAUCUUACUUUGUAUUUGAGCAUGAUGUCUUCUUAAUAAAUGUUCCUUAUUGAAAUAAA